AUGCCAAUGACUGCAUCAUCCUUCUCAAAUACGGUGCUUUGUGGACAGCAUGCGCGGAUUAGUGUUGCUGCCAGCCAGGGUGGCAGAAGAUAUAUGGAGGAUCGAGUACACAUCGAAUGUGUUCGGUUUCCAGAUGGCACUGUUGAUUAUCUUUACCUUGCCGUUUACGAUGGUCAUGGUGGUUCAGAAGCUAGUGACUAUGUCCGAAAACAUCUUCUCAAGAAUAUUCAGUCGCAGUAUGGCUUCGACGGUAGUGAUGAACAAAUGCUAGAUGCCAUAAAAAAAGGUUUCGUGGAGACGCAUCUCGCGAUGUGGAAAGUUGUCGACGAUUGGCCUCUCACUUCCUCGGGUUAUACCAGUACAGCAGGUACCACUGCUAGUUGUACUUUUAUUCGACGUGGAAAGAUAUUCACUGGGCAUGUCGGCGAUUCCGCUGUAAUUCUAGGGGAAAUGAAUAAUGGUGAGAUAAAGGCUAGCAGUUUGACAAUUGAUCAUAAGCCCGACAAUUCUCUUGAAGUACAACGGAUAAACAGUGCUGGUGGAAUGGUGAUGAAGAAGUCAGGUGUCACACGUGUUGUUUGGACAAGACCUGUUCGGGGUCAUGUUGGGCCUGUACGCAGGUCUACACCAACCGAAAGUAUCGCUUUUCUUGCUGUUGCCCGUGCUUUAGGUGAUUUAUGGUCAUAUAAUCGAGAAACGAAACAAUUUAUUGUGAGUCCUGAACCGGAUGUCACAGUAUAUGAUCUAAAUGAUAAUAAUUUAUGUUUGGUGCUCGGCUCAGAUGGACUAACUAAUGUUUUGAAACCGCAACAAAUUGUCGAUAUUGUGAUGCAUUAUGAGAAAUUGUCACGUGAUAAACACGGUAGGCUGCCGAAUCAUUCACGUUGGAUACUGCGUCAUGCAUUGGAAGGUUGGGGCGCAUCGCGUGCUGAUAAUAUAUCAAUUAUAUCAGUAUUUUUUGAUAAGAAGAAUAUGGAGGUUAACAAUGCAUCGGUUCUAGCUGACGAUAUUAAUUUGUGUUUGGAUAAAGCACUUACAGAUUUCGGAAAUUCAACGGUUGUGCUAGGACCGAAAUAUUGUAAACAGUUGCGAACACUGGAUGUCGAUUUAUAUUAUUCAGGCAUCGUAGAUCCCAAUUUUACUACAGAAAUUUCUUACAAUGGACCUGGAUAUACGCGUGAUAUUAGACGUCCGCUUACUCUCGUGCAGUUCUCAGAAAUGCCAGUAAUGCCACUGACUUCACUAGAUCGUGUCUCAGCCAUACGUCGUUUAACUGAAUUAUUUGGCGCUAAUAAUAAAAUUAAAGUAUUACCAACUGGAUGUGUUACUGGGGUAAUAUUGGAAGGAAUGGAUGAAUUAUACGAGAGCCUCGUAAAUGAAGGUAUUCUGUAUCCUUGUGAUGAAGAUGUAGCGCGGGAAGAGACAGUUGGCAGUGCAAGUAAUGAUAAUGUUUGUAGUAACGGAAAUGAUAUUGUAGAAGCAGAAGGAAUUUGUGGAACAAAUUCGAAAACGAGUACCAACGUGGUGCAUUUGAAGGAGCAUUGCAGUAUGUCUUUCUCAAGCAAAAAACCUCUAUUUACUUCUCUCGCAUCAAAUCCUUGUUCAAAACCAAUAAGGCAAAGAACUGUGCUUAGAGCAUGCCGAAGGAAACAGACAUUGCAUUUAAAAUCUGUGAAAGAAGAUGGUGUGCCAAAUAUCGGUGGUAAUAACAACAUUGCUGGGGAUUGUAUCAAUAAUAAUCAGCUUUCUUCGACCAACCAUUGUCAUGAUUUUCAAAAGUCUGAUGCUUCGCAACGUUUUAGUGGUAGCGCUUCGGCCUUGUCUCCUUCGUUGAUGUUAGAGGCCCUACGAUUUACGAAUCAAUUGUUCGAGCAUGAUCCUUUUGCACGAGAUCUUAUUCUUGCCGGACGGCGUCCACUCGGCCGACGUCGUUUAUCCUCUUCAUCUCUAGAACCAUUGCAAAGGAAAUUUAAAGUUUCUACGGAAAGCGAAAUAAGCACAGAUCACGCUUGUAACUUUUCCACCAGAAAUAUUGAAAAAUCAGAACAAGAUGUUGCAAACACCAAUACUGAAGAAUGUGCAACACCAACUACUAGUAGAUCUCGCGUGUGGGAUUUCCUUUCCGGUUUGUUGGGGAAUCGUGCAAACAAAAAAUAG